AUGGCUAGCCCGCAAAAGAAAGAAGAGACACUCAAGAAGAUUAUCCAGAACUCGUCCAUCCGUUUCAUCUGCCCUCUUUGCCUCAAAGGCUUUCCUCGGGGGGACGUCUUGUACCGUCAUUUCCGUGAGCAGCAGGACGAUAAGCAUGCAGGCCUGGGGAAGAGAACGUCGAAAAAAAAAGCCGAUAUUGAUAGUUUCUUUGCCUGCUACCAAGAACUUGUUAGGACGCCCAUGGCUGCUGAAAGCAUACCUCCAGGCCCUAACUGCUUUGAGGUUGAUUUUGUGGUCAAAAAUUUCGGAUCUUCCGAGCACACGUUGAAUACUUCGGAAACGAUUGAAGGCACUCUCAAGAAGAUUAUUCAAAACUCGCGCAUUCGCUUUAUUUGUCCCCCUUGUCUUAAAGGUUUUCCUCGAAUCGAUGUCUUGUCCCAUCACUUCCGCGAACAGCAGGAGCAGGGUGACGAUACACAUGCAGGGCUAGCCAUGAAAGACCGUGACCAUUUUACAUUUUUUCUCAGCUAUCGGGUAGUCCUCGGAACCUCUAUGACUGCUAGGGAUAUACCCCGAGGCCCAGAGUGCUUCUCGACUGCUUUUGUGGUCGAACACUAUGAAGAGGUCACUUGA